CUUUGCCUUCUUUCCUUUCCUAUUUUUGAGCAUCUGACAACUGCCACCGCCACACUCCAAACGAAGAAAGAAAGUAACUUCCUUCUCUCCUUCCAGAGAAGAACACUCUCCACAAUGACAACAGCACCGGAACAAUCCCAAUCCCAAUCCCAUGAAGCCAUGGCAACGGUGGCCGAAAAGGCACCGGUAACGGCUGAACGGAAGGUUCCUAUGGACUUGGAAACUAAGCUCCCCAAACCCUAUAUGCCAAGAGCACUGGUUGCACCUGACACACAGAAUGUGAAUGGGACAUGGGGUCACAAGCAUAACAACAUGUCCGUGCUUCAACAACAUGCUACCUUCUUUGAUCUUGACAAGGAUGGUAUCAUCUAUCCAUGGGAGACUUACAGAGGGUUACGCAAAAUAGGCUUUAAUGUUAUUGCUUCCUUCGUGAUUGCGAUUAUUAUUCAUAUAGCUCUCAGUUAUCUUACACUUCCGACAUGGCUACCUUCACCUUUCUUCCCAAUUUACAUAGAAAACAUACACAAGGCCAAACAUGGUAGUGAUACAGGCACCUACGACACAGAGGGAAGAUUCGUUCCUGCAAAUUUGGAAAUCAUGUUUAGCAAGUAUGCACAGACAGAGCCUGAUAAAUUGACGUUAAGAGAGAUGUGGCACAUGACACAAGCAAACGCUGUUGCAUAUGACGUAUUUGGCUGGGCUGCAGCAAAAUUUGAGUGGAGUGUAUUGUAUCUGCUAGCAAGAGAUGAAGAAGGCUUUCUAGCAAAAGAAGCUGUGAGACGGUGCUUUGAUGGCAGCUUAUUCGACUACUGUGCUAAAAAGCGUAGUGGUAAUAAUCAUACAGGAAAGAUGGCUUGACACCCUCUCUAGCCUCUUGUAAAGGUCCAAUUACCUCAUAAUAAGGACAUAUGUGUGCAUGUUUACAAUUUAGGUAGAGUAAAUGUGGUGUUACUUUUGAAAUAA